GGAAUGUAUGUACUUGACGGUUUCCCCUCGGGAAUUCUUUCCAUUCUUUCCUUUCCUUUUUGGUACGCUUCAAUAUAUAGCCCAGUGAGUAUACGUUGCCCACACUCACUGUUGACCUUCAGUGGCUCAUCCCGAUAUACCUGAAAUGACAGCUCCGGUUGCUACACUCGACUCUUUCCCCCUCUUUUCUCGCCUACCUCCAGAGAUCCGAAUAAAGAUCUGGGAAGAUACCUGGCCGGAACCUCGAGUCAUUGAACUUGCAUAUGCCGAAGAGCCUGUCUACAACGCUGAAGAGGGUGAUGACUCGUCAGAAUCAAGCGACGCCCUUUUCGAUCGCGUGAGUCUGCGGCUGACGUGCGGGGUUGCACGAUGGCUACAAACUAAUUUCGACUCUCGAAUCAUGGGAUAUCAACCUCUUGAGAAGUGUCUGGAUCCUAUCGCCCUUCAAGUCUGCCACGAGUCCCGGGCACAUACCAUCAGGCAUUUCACUCCCAUACAGCACUCGAAAUUGGACACCUGGCCUUUUUACUUCAACCCUCGGUCGGAUAUCCUUUGGCUUAACAACGACGUCACGGAUGAACUGACGACCCUGGACGGGCUACGGGACUACUACGGCAGGCAACUUGAUCAAAUCGAGCGUGUGUUUGUCUUGCAGUCUGAAUGGGAAUUCUUGGAAGGGUACGCUCCAGACGUUCUAGACGUCUUCGGAGGUCUUCGCUUGGUCCAAAUCUUCCUCGACGACCUGAUCUUCUUACGAGGGAAGAGUACUUCCAAACUGCAGACAGGCUUCGAACCAAGGACGUACUUGAGCUUAGUAAAUGGGACUGGACGGUUCAGUAUAUAGAUUUUCAGGUCAACGUGUAUGGUCAAUUCAGGACAAGGU